AUGUCGGAAAUUGUGCGGGGUCUGCCGCGGUAUGCGGUGUAUGGCGCUCCGAUGGAGCUGCUGAUCGGCGCGCUGGAGCGCACGCCGACGCCCAUCACCCUGCGGCAGCUGCUGGCGCACGGUGGGCAGCCCGGCAAGCCGCCGACGUCCGACGAGCUGCGCCGCUCGGCAGAGUAUACACAGCGCGAGCUGCCGAUUCGUCUGGCGCGGCGUGUGCGCCAGUUCUAUUCCCUCCCGUUCAUUGUUGCUAGUAAUCCCUGGAUCCAGAGCGUCGCGCGUCUGUACGCAUUGAGUUUUUCGCAGCUCGCAAGCGCGCCGCCGAUCGCCUCGCAAGGCGAGAAUGCCGAAUUCACGCGCGUCCUGCAAGGGCUCGUCAACGACCACGGGGAGAACGUGCCGAAGCUCUCGCGCGGCUUUAUGGAGUGCCGGCAGUACAUGGGCGCGGACAAGGUCGCCAACUUUCUGAACGCGGCGCUGCACAGCCGUAUCGGUAUCCGUAUCAUUGCCGAGCAGCACCUCGCGCUCACCGCCAGUGCGAAGCAGGCGGCCGGCGAGGAGGACGACUCGCGGUACCUGCAGACGCCGACGUCGGUGGGAAUCAUCGAGACACAGAUGCGCCCGAAAGACGUCGUGCUGAACAGCGCCGAGUACGUGCGGAAUCUGUGCGAGGCGACGUUUGACAUUGCGCCCGAGGUCAUCUUUGACGGCGAUGUCGACGUGACGACCGUGGGCGUACCUGUCCACCUGGAGUAUGUCAUGACCGAGCUGCUAAAGAACGCCUUCCGCGCCACGACCGAGAGCUACCUGGCGCGGAAAAAAGCGGGCACUGCGCCGAGCGAGAUCCCGCCGAUCAUUGUGACGCUGACCUCGGCGCCGACGCACGUCGGCCUGCGCAUCCGCGACGCGGGCGGCGGCAUCCCUCCCGAAAACAUGAGCAAGAUCUUUUCGUACGCCUUCACCACUGCCAGCGAGGAAGGCGGAUCCGAGAGCCAGGUCGACCCGAUGGACGUUGCGGCCGGCGCGAUGCAGAGCGGUAUGGGCACGCUGGCGGGCCUGGGCUACGGUCUGCCCAUGUCGCGCCUCUACGUUAACUACUUUGGCGACAGCAAUCUGGAUAUUGUGAGCCUCUGGGGCCAUGUAUGUUACGAGUAUAAACUAACACUAGGGAUGUGA